AUGGUGGAGGGCAAAGAGGAAGGAGUGAUCUCACUGUUAACCUUCUGGAACCCAUCCCUUGAGGCUCAACUCACUGUUGAACCCAUGCCAUUCGAUGUGGCCGAAGGGAAGGAUGUUCUUCUGCUCGUCUACAAUUUGCCAGAGAAUUCUUAUGGCUACAGCUGGUACAAAGGGGACAGUGCACGGCUCAGCCAACAAAUUCUAGCAUACUUAACAGAAAAUCAAUCAAUUGCCCUCGGAGUGGCCCACACUGGUCGAGAAACAAUUUACCCCAACGGGACCCUACUCUUCCAGAAAGUCACCCAGAAGGAUGCAGGAAUCUACACCUUACAAGUCCUAAAUAACGACUUUCAGCGUGAGCUAGUGUCUGGACGGUUUCGUGUAUGCCGGACACGGGACAAACCCAGAAUCGCAGUCAACAGCACCAUGGUCACAGAACACCAGGGCUCUGUCACAUUCACCUGCCAUGGCAGUUACAGGGGGACAUCCAUUCAAUGGUCCUUCAAUGGCCAGAGUCUGUGGCUCUCUGAGAGGAUAAAGCUGUCCCAGGACAACAGGACCCUCAUCAUCAAUGAUGUCAGGAAGGAAGAUGGAGGGUCCUAUCAAUGUGUGGUCUCCAACCCAGCCAUUGUCUGCAGAAGUGACCCUGCCACCCUGAACGUGAGCUCACGAGAACAAGUCCUGGGCCUCUCUGCUGGGGCCAUCGCCGGCAUUGUGACAGGGGUCCUGGUUGGAGUGGCUGUGGCAGCUGCCCUGGGGUAUUUCCUGUUCUUCAUCAGGACAUGGGUCUGCAACCAGGAUGACCUUGGACAUCAGCGGCCUCCAGGUUCCACCCCCAGCCAGGGCCACUCUGUCAGCUCUACCUCCCCGGACCCCUUGUAUAGCAAUCGGGCAGCUGUUCCUAUCUAUGAGAGAGACCUGGCCUGGAGCAAACCAGAUAUCCCAGAAAAAGUAUUACUAGAGGCCUGA